CUCUGGAGAAGGGUUCCUUCCAAGAGAUGCAGGACAGUCGCAAAGAAGUAAAGCACUUGAUGGCCUGAAGAAAGAUCUUCCUGGCCCAGUUGAGGUUUGUUCUGACUUUGCUUAUGAAAUGUCUGGGUCUGAUAGAUCAAGAGUCACACAGAUGGAUGCAUUGCUAGGCAGGAUCAACACUUAUGCUGCUGAAUCUGACAAAGGCCUUGUACCAAGAGGAACAAAGUUUUUGGCCACAUUUAGAGUACCUCAAGGUCACUUGAAAGCAAGAUCUCUUGCUUCAUCGAAAACAGGAAUAUUUCUCUGUUAUGAUCCUUGUUUGAUGUCCUUAGAUUUUCUCAGCACCACUGGUUCUAUGAUAGAUAGACACAGUAUUAACUUUGAAGUCAGCUCAGUUGCUGUCAAUGAGUCAGGAUCUGUGUUCCUUGCCUCGGCUUCAAGGAAGCUCAUCAACAUUCUGAUGGUUGAUUUGUGUAUCCAGUUGCCACUGGCCGAGAACCUCCCCAUACUUCCUUCAGCAAUCACAGCAACAGAGGAAACCAUUAUUGCCAUCGGCUCAUCCAAAGAAUCAAAGGCUGGUAUUAUCAACAUUCGCAAAGAUGGUGGCAAUGUAUCUUGGGUGUUCAACGACAAGAUGGGAACAGUGUUCAAGAAACCAGCAGAUGUCGCCUUAUGGAGCAAAAGCAAUCAGACCAUGGUGAUAGUAACAGACCCCAAGGCUCACAGAGUUGUAUUUCUGUCCAAACAGGGAUGCACUUACCACAUCACGAAGAUAUACAGUGGUGAAGGUCUACACCAGGACACAGAACAGUUCUGCCCCUACGGCGUCUGUGUAGACAAGCUUGGGAACAUUUUCGUGGCAGACAUGUCCAGUCAGGCUGUGAUUCAGCUCAGCUGGAAGGGGAACCUGAUGGAUGACCACACUCUCAUGUUUGACCAAGGAUUCAUACCCAAGUGCCUGGCGUCCACACCGGAGUGUAACCUCAUUGUAGGUAGUAGUGAUGGAAUGGUCAAGGUCAUCAAGCGAGCUAACCCAUGAACACUGUUCAGUCACAACUCAAAUCCUCUGAAAACGCGAUGUUGUGGUGGGUAACCAGUUCAUCAGGUUUAUUAAAGGUCAUUUUCAGUUUUUAUCCCGUUUGAGGAAAGGGCACAGGAAGUUCAUCUGUUUUCCAUUUGUGAAGGUUGUCAUGAUAUGGCUGAAAUAUUGCCAAUGUGACAUAAAAUUUCACUCACUCCCAUUUGUGGAGAACAAAAUGUGAUACCUUGACUACCAAUAUUGAUGAUUACAUUCAAUGUAUAUUUUCCCAGGGCUCCAGAUAAUUUUUCAUGAUCAGGAGUAUGUACUCCUUAUUUUUUCAAUAUAGGAGUACUGGAAAACAAUAAGAGUACAGU